CUCUGUAAUCCAAUUGGUUAGAACAUUCUAAUGACUGCCCUCCACAUCAGUCACCUCUUCCAGGACAUUUCCGACCGCUAGAUAAGGUGGAAAAUUUCGGAAAGUUGUCAACAGUCUUUGUAAAGUGUGUUUUCGGUGAUGAUGCUGUCAGCAUUUGGGCAUGUGUGCCCGUUGACAGUCCCUCAACAGCGAUGAGUAAACACUAUGAAAGCAUUGAAAUGGACCUGGCGUUUGGAUCAGACAAGCCCUACGGGUCCUCCAGAAGUAUUGUGAGGAGAAUAGCGAGCAACCUUCCUCUUAAACCUUGUCCCAGGGUUCAUUUCCAGCUCUAUCCAUACACUGAGGAUGCAGUUGUCCUCAGCAGAAAGAACAACUUCGCUGUGGCCUCCCUCGCUGACGUCUCCUGGAUUGACCAGGACGAGGACGAGGACGAAGAGGAAGAAGAUGAAGACAACAUAGGCAGACCUCGGUCCGGACCACCACCAACAGGGCUUGCAUUCCGUGUCCGCCAGCCUCGUACUUGGCGAAAACCCCGCCUUGCCAGGCAGCACUCACUACCCAGCCUCCACGAGGGGGCUCCGGACCCCCAGGGCCCGUCGGCCACCAAUGACGAGGCUAUCCAGAAGAUCAGCGCUCUGGAGACAGAACUUGCCAAGCUCAGAGCGCAGAUUGCGCAAAUCGUGUUGGCACAGGAGAAGAGCGCACAGUCGGGGACAACCACUCACCCGCCCCCUACCCCCAGUUGCGCUGGGCAGCCUCCUCCACCACCUCCACCUCCACCUCCACCUCCUCCUCCGCCACCACCAUUGAAUCUCCAGCGUACGUUUUCCGCCAUCGACCUGAUCAAGGAGCGAAGAGGAAAAAAGACAGAAGGGCAGACGACGGAGCUGGAGUCCAGGACAGCGGAAAUCCCCAACAUGCUGGACGUCCUCAAAGACAUGAACAAAGUCAAGCUGAGAUCCGUCAAAAGCCGUCCAGAGUUGGACACCAAAGAGAAGGUCAAAGACCCCGCAGACGCCGCCACGCUCAUCGCAGAAGCCCUCAAGCGCAAGUUCGCCCACCGUUACAGACAUGACAGCGGCCGGGAUGACCAGGACGCCUUCAAUCUGCCCGACCAGGAAGUGAAACGUCCAGUUCAAACCCCUCUGUUUGGGCAGCACAUGCUGAGAUCAACUGGAAAGCGGACGUUUGUCUGAAUGGAGCUUACUGGCAAAUGUGCGCGUGUUAUUUUGUGGAAGCACAAGGGAAUGAGGCUGCUCUAUCAUUCUGUUCAUGUCGUCGUGCACUUUGUAAGUUAUAGAGCUUUUUAAAAUCUCAGUGUUCCUCGUUGUUUUUUCACAACACUAUUCUCAACUGUUAAGUUUGGUUGUUGAAGAGAGCACUUUCUCACCAGUGGUAAACUGUUAUUUAUGUUAAAACACUAAUAAGAAAUAGUUUAUAGGUGCUAGAUGUAUCUGUUUAGGCCAUUAGUUGAGGACGACGAGACCAAGAAUCAAUGCCAAACAUUCUCUUAUUAAUCCUUUCCCAAAUACCUCAUUUGCCUUGAACGUCAAGUAGACAGAGUGAUGUGAAAGCAAAUAUUGAUGACAAUUUUAACUGUCAACCGCCACCGAGUCACGUGAGCUUUGGUUAUUUAUGCACAUACAGGAGUGUCAGGCCAAUAAUGCUUUUAUUAGCUUUUAUGAGGGAAAAGAAUGACAUCAGUAUCGCGUCAUUUGUUCACGAUGUUGUCCUUUCGGUGAAAUACUGUUCAAAUCAAAUAUUGAAUAAAAGCAGACUGCCAGACUUCGUGUGCAUGUGUG